CGGUCCCGCUGCACUCGCCCUGGACCUUCUGGCUCGACAGAUCCCUCCCUGGUGCCACAGCAGCUGAGUGCGCAUGAAAUCUGAAGAAAAUCUACACAGUACAGACAGUACAGAUAUUCUGGAGUGUAUACAAUAAUAUCCCUCCUGUGACUAGCCUGCCUUUGAGAUGCAGUUAUCAUUUAAUGAGAGGAGAGAGGCGACCACUUUGGAAAGAGGAGAGUAACGCAAAGGGCUGCGUAUGGAAGAUGAAAGUCCCCAAGGACAGCACGUCCACAGUUUGGAAAGAGUUGCCGUUAGCAACCAUCGAGAAACAGUUCACAGACUGUGCUGCAGCAGAUGACGAAGUAAUAGGAGUUAGUGUCAGUGUUCGGGACCGAGAAGACGUCGUCCAAGUCUGGAAUGUAAAUGCCUCUUUAGUGGGUGAAGCGACUGUUUUAGAAAAGAUCUAUGAACUUCUGCCCCACAUAACUUUUAAAGCAGUAUUUUAUAAACCCCAUGAAGAGCAUCAUGCUUUUGAAGGUGGACGUGGAAAACACUAAUUGCACUCUGUAAAGAAUUCUUUGUCCUUUGCUGAUGGGUUUUGGAAUCGGUCUUACAAGGAGGGGGAGUGAAGAGAAGACUUGCAGAAGCCGAUGCUGGUCAAUUUAGAGUGGGUUUCUGUCCUUGCAGAUGGGCAAUUAGGACUCAAAGUGGCAGGUGGGGUUGGGGGAGAUUGUGUAGGUUU